CAGCCGCCGCGCGACCCGCUGCCGCCGCUGUGAGCGCCCGCGCCCGCGCUACACUUAUUUAUCUAACUUACAUGUUCCGCUUUAAAAGUACCAUAGUAUUUAUUAUUCGCUGCUAAGAUACGUCGUAGUGCUCUCUCGGUACUCGAAUUUAAUUGACGUGUUCGCGAAGGUUCGAUUGUCGCGUGCCGCGGGUCGGUCGCAGUGCGAGUCGCGCGGUGUCGCCGCUCGGCCACGUCGACAUGUCGGAGGAGAGCGGGUCACAUUUAAAUAGUCGGACGUUGAAUCCCCGAGUUGGCUCGGAGUUUAAUUUGGUCCCCAAAUAUUUUAUUGUUUUAAGUUCACUGGCAUGAUGUGAAGCAAUCUCCUUUAGAAAUAAGUUUGUUUAUCUGUGCAAAAUAUCCAUAAAUGAGUUGUGAAUUUGUAACGUAUUCAAUUGUGCAGCCGAUUUUGUAAGCAUUGAUAUAUGAAAUGAACAAUUUGAAGUAAAGCUUUUAUUACAAUAGUUCAUCUGAUGCAUUUUAAUAUAGUGAUAAACAACAUUUUUUACUCUUAGUUUGAAAAUUGACAUGCAUUGAAAAUAACUUACACAGUACAUAUUUCUUAGGGUCGUAUUACAAAAUGUAAAGCUAGGUGCUAUCUGUAGAGUCGCGUGGUUAAUUUAGAUUGUGCUCGUUCGCUUAUUAAUUGUUUUGUUGGUUGAAAUGUUGGUUAGCUUUGAUGUUUCAAGAUAAUAACAUUUUAAAAUAUAUAAAGCAGUGCUAUUUUAUUAACAUUCUAGAACCGUUGCUGCAUUUUAUAUUGAACAUUAUUAUUAUAUAAUAAUUUGAAAUUUUACAACAAUUAAUAAGUUUCUAGUGUAUAGGUGAUACAUUUAAAUAAAUCUGUGUUACUAAUUAGAGAGAAGGAAUACAGAGCUAAAACAAUAUCGCUUACGAAUGUGUGCUGAAUAUGCGUGUACAAUAAAAUAUAUUUAUAAAGUGAAACGUACGUUUUUAAUCACGUGAUUCACAGCGAAUUAUUUAUUUUAAUGAAAACGACGAUUGAAAAGUAGUCUGUGUCGCAAAUACGUUAAUAUUUCCAUAUUCACUACACGCGUAGUUAUAUUAUGUGGAAUAUUACAAUAUGUCUAUUUUGUAACAUUGAAAUGGUUUCCGGUCAAUUAAACUUAAUGAAAACGCAUCCGAUGUUGUGAUCAAACUAAAACAUUUGGCAUAGCUCAAAUAAUACCCCAACAAUUAUUGUUAAUAAAGUCGUCAAUGUUUAGGGACCGAGUUCAGCGACCUCUGCAUCACUUUUAAAUGUUGUUAACUAUUAUGGCAUAUUUAAAGAAGUCAUUUAAUAAUAGAUAAUAUUAUAGAAGAUCUUUACAAAAGGAGUCAUGUUUUAAAAAUAAUUCUGAACCAACAUUUAUAAGUGAAGUAAGACUUGAAUAAAAUGUACAUAGUAUAAACAAACACAAAUAAUCUAGGCCAGAGAACACGUAUUGGCCUAACUCUGACUAUGUAAACAAUAUUUAAUAUUUCAGUUUUUUAUUUGCUAGAUGUAUUAUUAUAAUAAAAUAAACUUAGUUUUAAUUCAGUGAAAAGUGUAGAUAUAGGUAUUAACGACUAGUCUAACAGGAAAAUGUUGCCACUAUGUCAAUGUUCUGCUUUGUAAUAUAAUGUUAUUUAUUUUUAUAUUUCACGACGGUUGUAUAAUAUUUUCCUUUUUUUCUAGUGGUAAAAUUGUUGUAACAUUCAGGCUAUCAGGCGUUGCAGACGCUGUGCCAGCCCGCAGUGCGCCGCCUCAGGCCGCACGCCCAAUAGUCACUUGUAGCCAUUAACGAUUGCACUUUGCAUUCUAGUAUUUUACAAAUAUAAAACCACCGUGAUAUUCUGUGAGUAUUUAUUUUUCAUGUUACUUUAAUCAUAAAUGAGCCUUCAAAUUUGGUCACGGACCAUGUGCCUUAUUUUAAUUUUAUUUGCUCAAUGCUUGCACCUGAUAGUCUGUAUAUUGAUCUAUUAACAAGUUUUUAAUUUAAAUGACUUAUUUACAUUCAUUUUGCAUGUAAACAUAUUAAAUAAUAUUAAUAACGCAAGUAUUUUUAAAUGUGAUAAGAAUAGAAAAUAAAUUUUAUUGCUUACUGAAACACCAAGCAAUGUUUACAUGCUGAAGUGAAUGAUUUCAAGUCGUGUUUUAUUUUGGCUUUAAAAUUAUAAGAGUCGCUUUAUAUCAUGGUUUUAUAAGAAAAAAUAUUAACACCCAAAAUCACAAGUUGUAAUGAUUGAUAUAGUACAGAAUAGCAUUGUGAAUAAUUAGAUACCUGGUUGAUAAAACGCCGAUUGUUGUUAAUGUUAUUACCAAAGAUGGAGUUAUAGAUAGAGGGGAAUGUGGUGGCCCUUAAUAGCUUAAUAAUUGAAAUGUUUUGUAUCUUUUAUAAAAUGCAAAGUUAACGAUAUUAUGUUGAAACGACAUAAAAUGUGAUUGAUCUUAGAUAGGUGAACCGCUAUAAAUCGUGUUUUGAAACCAAAUUAUUAAAAAAAAUACUGAUAAAUAAUCACAUGUGGCUGGUGUAUGAUUCUCGAAGUGAGUUUCGAAACCUUGUAAAUAUCAUCAACCGGAAGUAUGUCAAACUCAACAUGAAAUUCACAAUAUUUUAUAUUCAUGAAAUUCGUAAAUAGAUCUUAAAUACUUCAAAGCAGUGUGUUCCCAAACAAAUGCUCCCAAAAUGCUCUGUUAAAAUAUUGAACAUUUUGUAACAAAGCAUGUUAAUUACCUUGACUUAAAUAUUUAUUUUUGCAGAUAUUUACGUUGGGAAUAAUCACUGUAUUACAAGUCAUGCAAAAUUCACCCAAACCAUGUAAAAUUUGUAUUGAUAGAAUUAUUAUAAGAUCAGUUGAGUUUUGUAUAACAUUUCUAUGGCAAAUAUAACGAAAUGGCAUUUGACAAUUAUACAAGAAUGCUCAAAAAGCAUUCAUGCAGAUAUUAUACUAUUCAAAUCAAGAAAUAAAUUCAUAAAAUCUAUAUUGUGUUUUACUUUAUCACGAUACAUGCAUUCACAGAGCUGCUACUUGUGAUGUUUGUUGGCUUUUGGGGAGAGGGCUUAUGCCCAAUUGUAAUCAUCGUAAAUCUGACCUUGAUUAGGAUAUUGUUAAUAUCUCAACUAUUUUAAGGAGAAGACAUUGAUCUCUUUUCUAACUUUAUAUAUAUUCUGAAAACAAUAGGAUUCAAAUGAAACAAAAACGAACCAUAAAAAUAUGGCAAUCGUGAUCUUAUCAUAAUUAUGGAAUGUAACAACUUGCGUAUGCCUUUUUGUGUCAACAAUUUUGACCUGUGCCCUAAGACAUAAUACUCACUGUAGAUAAGUUAUGAUUGCGUAUUAAUUGUAAUCAUUUACAUCCACUUCACGGUAAGAAGUAUUUGAGUAAGGCCGUUACCAUCUAAAUCGGUUUUAAAGGAAAUAAUUGCGAUGGAUAAAUACGUGAGCAUAAAAGAUAUUGAGGAAGCAGCUCUUCAAAUAUUGCCAAAACCGGCGCGGGACUACUAUAAAAGUGGAGCUACCGAUGAACAGACUUUGGUUGAAAACAAACUAGCAUUUCAAAGGUUGCGUAUUCGUCCAAAGUGCUUAAUUGGAGUUGGAAAUUGCGAUCUCCGGACAUCAGCACUGGGACUGGAAGUAUCCUUGCCUGUUGGCAUAUCGCCAACUGCAAUGCAGAGGAUGGCUCAUCCUGAUGGGGAAUUAGCUAAUGCUAGAGCUGCCCAAGCGGAACGCACAAUUUUCACCUUGAGUACGAUAGCCACCAGCUCCAUAGAAGAAGUAGCUGAAGCAGCACCUGACGCUAUUAAAUGGUUUCAACUGUACAUUUAUAAUGAUCGAGAAGUGACUAAGAAUCUAGUUUCAAGAGCUGAGAAGGCUGGAUUUAAGGCUAUCGCUCUAACUGUGGAUACGCCAUUGUUUGGUAUAAGGCGAGCAGAUGUGCGCAAUAAGUUUACACUACCACCGCAUUUGAGGUUAGCAAACUUUGAAGGUAUUUUAUCAACUAAAAUUCAAAGUACAGGAAGUGGCAGUGGUUUAAACACCUACGUUGAGAACUUAUUUGAUAAAACUCUGACUUGGGAUGAAGUUAAAUGGUUGAGAAGCAUUACCACGCUACCGAUAAUAGCUAAAGGUAUCUUACGCGCAGAUGAUGCAAUUAAAGCCGUUGAGGCAGGUUGUUCUGCAAUUUUGGUAUCAAACCAUGGAGCGAGACAACUGGAUGGUGUUCCUGCUACCAUUGAAGCAUUGCCCGAAAUUGUAGAAGCAGUAAGACCUUACAAUGUAGAGGUAUAUUUAGAUGGCGGAGUCUCAACCGGAACUGAUGUUUACAAAGCCUUGGCUCUUGGCGCCAGAAUGGUUUUCGUUGGACGUCCUGCUCUUUGGGGCCUAAGUGUUGGAGGGCAGGCUGGUGUUCAGAGGAUGCUAAAUAUAUUCCGUACUGAACUGGAAUAUACGUUCCAAAUUGCAGGAACCCCGACUGUUGCUGACAUCACAAAGGAUAUGGUUCGCCAUGAAUCUAUGUAUUGUAAAUUAUAAGUUGUACUUGCCUAGUUGAUCUACUCCAAUAAUGUUACCAUGUAUUAAUUACAUCAUUGCCAUUAUGGUGUUAAUAACAAGACGGAGUACAUGUUUACUUUACUGCAUCUAAUUGUUUUGAGAACCCUUAAAGUAAUACAUAUUAUUAUGUAACUUGUGAGUUAUAUAGUAAGUAUGUACUCGUUACUGAUUCGUGUACAUAGUGAUAAUAAUACAUUUGUUGUAAAAUAAAACAAUAUAUUAUAAUCAA